CAUUUUUCUCCCUCCUCAUAAAUUUUGAAAUUAAUUUAUAUUUUUUCUUUUACGAUUAAAAAUCUCAUCAAUCUUCCUCGGCGACUUCAUUCUUUUCUUGUAUCGAAUUAUUGGAAAUUCUUUCUGAGUUUUUUUUUUAAUAUAUUGGUGAGUUGCUGGCUGGCUGUGAGGUAAUGGCUCAGUUACUCUCUCCGGUCUGUAUCGAUACAAUCAAAUUUCAGCAUCCAUCACCGAGCUUCUCUUGGAAGAAUAAAUGUCUAUUGUUAGGUAGAAAUAGUGUGAAUUGGAGCGGUGAUCGUGGGAGAAGGAAAGGUGUCGGGAGAAUGAGGGUUACCUCUAAGGAAUCGGCAUCCUACGACGACACUGCAGAGGAUUAUUAUUCUGUGUUGGGUCUGCUUCCCGAUGCCACACCCGAGCAGAUAAAGAAAGCUUACUAUAGUUGCAUGAAAGCUUGCCAUCCAGAUCUCAGUGGUGAUGAUCCAGAUACAACAAAUUUCUGCAUGUUCAUAAAUGAGGUUUACGCAGUUCUCAGUGAUCCUGUUCAGCGGAUGGUUUAUGAUGAAAUUCAUGGAUAUGCUUUGACAGGAAUCAAUCCAUUUUUAGAUGAUUCCAGCCCAAAGGACCAUGUAUUUGUGGAUGAGUUUAGCUGCAUUGGCUGCAAGAAUUGUGCCAACGUUUGCUCUGAUGUAUUUGCUAUUGAAGAAGACUUUGGAAGAGCCAGAGCUUAUAGUCAGAGUGGAAACCCUGACUCAGUUCAACAAGCUGUUGAUAGCUGCCCAGUUGAUUGUAUACAUUGGACUUCUGCUGCCCAGUUAUCCCUGCUUGAGGAUGAGAUGCGGAGAGUAGAAAGAGUCAAUGUUGCAUUGAUGCUCUCAGGAAUGGGCUCAGCAUCUGUAGAUGUCUUUCGCAUGGCGAGCAUUAGAUGGGAAAAGAGACAAGCUAAAGUUUUGUUUUCACUAACCGAAGCUGGUAUUCGGUGCCUAUUCCUGAGAACGUCCCUUUCACUGCAGCAACAAGCUAAAAUGAGAAUGGUGAAGCAGAAGGAUUCUGACAAAACUCAAAAUUAUUGGAGUGACCUUUGGGGCAAAACCAAAAAGUAUGAGAAUUCAGAGGAAGAAGUGAAAGAGAGGGCAGCACGAGCUGCAGCAGCAGCACGAAGAUGGAGAGAGUAUUCCAGAAGGGGUGUCGACAAACCUCCCACAUUCAAACUUCCAGAAACUGUCUCCAACAAAGAACAUUGAGCAUUAAACAUGAUGUAAGCACCCUUUUCAAAUCUGUAUGUUUGUCGUAUAUACAUGUAAAUGUCAGUCCGUCCUAUUGUUUCCUAGUCUCUCGUAUCCCAUUCAACAAUGUAUGUAACAGUGUCAUACGUAGAAAUGCCACAUGUCAUUAAUUUGAUAAGAACCACAAUCUUACAAAAUUUUAUCUUAGAAAGAGGUUCGCUCGCUCAAUUCAUGCGUCUUGGUUUCUUUGUGCCGCCACAAUGCACUCUAGUUGACGCAUAAUAGACGCUCAGGUAAGGUAAAAUUAAUUUUAUUGAUAUAUAUAUUAAUAAUAGGGUAAAGGUUAAAAUUGGGGAAUACGAAUUGGACACAUCUAAAAGUUUUAAAUAUUUAGAAUUCAUUCUAGAAGAUAAUGACAACAUAGAUAAGGAUGUAACACAUAGAAUUCAAUCGGGUUGGAACAAGUAGAGGAGAUCGUCGUCGAUACAUUGUGAUCAUAAAGUAUCAUUGAGUUUGAAAGUUCGACAGACGAUGCUUUAUGGAUCUGAGUGUUGGGCAACUAAAUAUGAAAACGAUCAAAAGAUGUGAGUG